AUGCGCACAACAUCUAUCACGCCUGUCAAAGCACCAAGUAUCAACGUCGACAGCAUCUAUUGGAACCACGACAACUACCUUCAGCGCAUCCAGAACACCAAUCAAAGCGCCUACCCAGCUCUCGGGAGCAGUGUACAAGCCCUAGCAAGAGAACUCCUGGCCGCAGUUAGUGUCAUAGAAGUACCUGCAAGCAUUUUAACCAUGGGUCUCUUAUUUGGCUGUGUUGUAUUGGAUGGGCCGGCCCUUGUCGGCCAGUCUCGGGCUGAGAUGAUUACGGUCGAUAAGAAUUUCCUUGAGCGUUUCGAUGAGGAUGCAGCUUAG